AUGAACGGCUACUUUAAGUCGGAAUCCGGCAAGGUCCGCGCCGAGCCAGGCAGCACCCGAUGGGUCUACAACAAGUUCCUGCGACUGCAGACGAAGCUGCGCUGGGUCUGUGGCUUGUGCAACGUCUGGUGCAAGGACGAGAACGGCUUCAAAUGUCACCUGGAGCACGAAAAUCACAUCCGAAAGUCCGAGAUCGCACGACAAAGUGCAGCGCCAGAGUUCAAGAUGAGUGCGCGGGACGAGGCCUUUGCGGCCAGCUUCGUUCAGUACUUGGCACAGAAUUAUUUGAAUCGCACCGUGUUGCUGCAUGAGAUCUAUCGAGAGAUGUAUCCGGAUGACAAGUUCCAACGGCUGAUGCAUGACACCUGCUGGGGCAGUUUGGGCACCUUCAUCAAUGCGCUCAGUAAAGCAGGCGAGUGCGAAGCCUACAAGGGACCUAAGGGAUGGACCGUGCGCAUCGACCAAGACAUGCUGCUGGCCGCGGAAGCCGAGCGAGAAGCACGGGAAGCACGGGAAGCGACUGAGGCUCGCCUCGGUGCGAAGACGAAAAGCAAAGAAAAGAAGAGGGUGGACACCGAGGAUGAAGAGGAUGAUCUUGAGGCCUCCUGUUAUCUGGCUCAAGGUGAUGCCGAAACUCCUGCAGUGCCGGAUUCCAGGUCCAAAAGGAUGCAAGAAUCCUGGGCUUCCACCCUGACUCAACCCGUCCCCAAGCGUCGCAAAGACGACGGCGGCGCCAAGCGGGCCGCGGCCGCGGCGGCGGCCGCCGCGGCGGCCUGUGAGGCCGGACCGGCCGGGGGAGCCGCCGAGACUGAGGCCGCCGAGGAGCCCACAGACAUGACGAAUCGUGUGAAAGUGGCAUUCCAGCUGUGUGCUGGUCCCAAGAAACGGCCGACGUCUGCCGAAACGAAGGACUCGGAACGGAGGAAGAUCGUGGUCGAAGGCGCAGUGUGGCCGAAGGGUCUAGUGGUGAAGGUGCUAUGCCCUGAUGCACUGGAAGGUCAAGCAUUGGGACAGAAGGCUGUGACCUUGGACUCCGAAGAUUUGGGCGUCCAUCUACGACUUCUGAAGCUUGGUGAAAACGGCCAAGAGCUCCAAGUCUUUGUGAAGAAUGAGCUUCUGGAGACCGUGUUGCCGAAGCUCGGAAGCCGAGUCCUGGUGCUGGACGGCUCGGGCCCGAUGGAGGGGACCUUGCAAUCCGUAGAGACGCAAUCCUACAGCUGCACGGUCCAGACCGAGAAGGGCAGGAUCGCUGGUUUGCCUUACGACCGUGUUUGCAAGAUUUGGGCACCGAGCUGA